AUGGCCUUGAUCUCUUCAUCUACAAUUUCCCAUAAACGGGAUGAUACCUUCAAGCAAUGGAUGAUCUCGCGAACUGAUGGCUCGUCAUUGUGGUCUGAUAAAGUGUAUCGUGACGCUUUAUUUAUCUAUUUGGGUCGAAUAUACGGCAAAAAAGAUCACAUCCAAAGUCUAUUUGCUCAAUUGGAGAAAGAAAAUGAUAAAUUGGAUGAACUUGACUUACUCCAUACGUUAUUUCAACGAAUAGAGAAGGAGCGAACGGUCCAAAAGUCAUGUCUUCAAGGGUAUAACUCAUCUCGAGUUGAUAAACGAUUGAAUGAACUGAAACUGUUUUUCAAUCCUAAGGACGCGUGUAAAUCGACCAUUUAUGAUUUUAAAACAUUACCAUUUGAUCUAAACAAGAUAGAUAAAAACCAAAUAAAAGCUUACUUCGAUCUCGGCUGCAAUACUGGUGUAAUUACAGCUGCACUUGGAGCGUAUUUAGGUUUGAAAAAAGAAAACAUUUUUGGCGGUGACGUAUAUCCUGUAGAAAACGAUCAUGUCACAUUCAUACCCAUGCAUGAAUCUGAAGGAAUUAUUAAUCUUCCUGAUGAUCGUGUUGAUCUGGUUACCUGCUUGGUCACACUGCACCAUAUCACACAUAUCGAUUCCAUACUUGUAGAGUUAGCACGUAUCAUUCGUCCUGGUGGCUACCUAAUUUUACGGGAACAUGAUUGUAGAAUGGAACGAUCACUUCUCGUUAAAUAUCUCAACUUUAUCCAUGCGAUUCGAAUGUAUCCAUUUAAUGGGGCAUUUUUCGAUUGCUCAGGAAACCACCAUGAUCAACGGCACUGUGAAUUAGAUGUGAACAAAAUCAGUGAAACGCAUGCAUGGCACCAGAAAAAGGCAGAUAUUCUUGAUCAUACAAAAUCAAUUCGAUAUCACACACGGGAUGAGUGGAAGGAUCAUCUGAAACGUGCAGGUUUUGGACUCCAUGGUACACUUGAAGUUGAUACAACUAAAUGCCUUAAUCCACAAAAUGUCUUCUAUGCAUUAUACCAAAAAGAGCACAAUUAA